UAUUGACAUGACAGUUCAUUGGUAAUAAUAACUGAAUACAUAUUAUUAAUAUUAGAAUCAAUCACUGAGCCUGGAGUCUGUUUCGUUACCAUUACAUUAUAGAAUUAGAAUUCCAAUAGAAUAUUGGAACAAACCUAAAAGUGAUCUCACUGUUUGGGUGCAAAAAAUUAUUAUUGGAAUACACAAAAUCAGGUGUAAUCAAAUGGAGGUAAAACAAGAAAUUGGCGAGGAGACGUGUAAAACAGAAAUAGAAAUAGAAGAGUAUAAUGACUUGGAUUGUGCUCUUUUGGAUGGCUUUAAAUGUGAAAUCAAAGAGGAAUCUACAAGGCAAAGUACUCACGACACACAUAUUUUAGACUUGAAGAAACCUUCCAUAAAUACUGAAAUAGAACAACAUGGAUAUAAACUUGACCCAUUUGAAGAAAACCAAAAAACUGAAAACGGUAAUCUCCAAGAGGAACACAAAAUGGAAAUUACGGAGACACUAAUUGAAGAUUCAUCCUAUGAAGGAAAUGAUAUGAGUCGACGCACUGAAGGAAAAACGUUAAAUAAAAGUAUGAAAGUUGUGACUGGAGAAAGAUCAUAUACAUGUGAAAUUUGUUUUAAGCAAUUUAAUCAAUCAAGUAACUUGAAACAACAUUUGAGAGUGCACACUGGAGAAAAGCCUCAUAAGUGUGAAAUUUGUUUUAAGCAAUUUAAUCAAUCAAGUAACUUGAAACAUCAUUUGAGAGUGCACACUGGAGAAAAGCCUUACAAGUGUGAAAUUUGUUUUAAGCAAUUUAAUCAAUCAAGUAACUUGAAACAACAUUUGAGAGUGCACACUGGAGAAAAGCCUCACAAGUGUGAAAUUUGUUUUAAGCAAUUUAGUCAAGCAAUUGAUUUGAAAAAACAUUUGAGAGUGCACACUGGAGAAAAGCCUCAUAAGUGUGAAAUUUGUUUUAAGCAAUUUAAUCAAUCAAGUGUUUUGAAACAUCAUUUGAGAGUGCACACUGGAGAAAAGCCUCACAAGUGUGAAAUUUGUUUUAAGCAAUUUAGUCAAUCAAGUGAUUUGAAAAAACAUUUGAGAGUUCACACUGGAGAAAAGCCUCAUAAGUGUGAAAUUUGUUUUAAGCAAUUUAAUCAAUCAAGUGUUUUGAAACAUCAUUUGAGAGUGCACACUGGAGAAAAGCCUCACAAGUGUGAAAUUUGUUUUAAGCAAUUUAGUCAAUCAAGUGAUUUGAAAAAACAUUUGAGAGUUCACACUGGAGAAAAGCCUCAUAAGUGUGAAAUUUGUUUUAAGCAAUUUAAUCAAUCAAGUGUUUUGAAACAUCAUUUGAGAGUGCACACUGGAGAAAAGCCUCAUAAGUGUGAAAUUUGUUUUAAGCAAUUUAAUCGAUCAAGUGAUUUGAAAAAACAUUUGAGAGUGCACACUGGAGAAAAGCCUCAUAAGUGUGAAAUUUGUUUUAAGCAAUUUAAUCAAUCAAGUAACUUGAAACAUCAUUUAAGAGUGCACACUGGAGAAAAGCCUCACAAGUGUGAAAUUUGUUUUAAGCAAUUUAAUCAAUCAAGUAACUUGAAACAACAUUUGAGAGUGCACACUGGAGAAAAGCCUCACAAGUGUGAAAUUUGUUUUAAGCAAUUUAGUCAAGCAAUUGAUUUGAAAAAACAUUUGAGAGUGCACACUGGAGAAAAGUCUCAUAAGUGUGAAAUUUGUUUUAAGCAAUUUAAUCAAUCAAGUGUUUUGAAACAUCAUUUGAGAGUGCACACUGGAGAAAAGCCUCACAAGUGUGAAAUUUGUUUUAAGCAAUUUAAAAAAUCAAGUAACUUGAAACAACAUUUGAGAGUGCACACUGGAGAAAAGCCUCACAAGUGUGAAAUUUGUUUUAAGCAAUUUAGUCAAUCAAGUGAUUUGAAAAAACAUUUGAGAGUGCACACUGGAGAAAAGCCUCAUAAGUGUGAAAUUUGUUUUAAGCAAUUUAAUCGAUCAAGUGUUUUGAAACAUCAUUUGAGAGUGCACACUGGAGAAAAGCCUCACAAGUGUGAAAUUUGUUUUAAGCAAUUUAAUCAAUCAAGUAAUUUGAAACAACAUUUAAGAGUGCACUUUGGAGAAAAGCCUCACCAGUGUGAAAUUUGUUUUAAGCAAUUUAGUCAAGCAAUUGAUUUGAAAAAACAUUUGAGAGUGCACACUGGAGAAAAGCCUUACAAAUGUGAUAUUUGUUUUAAGCAAUUUAGUCAGGCAGGUUCCUUGAAACUACAUGUAAGAACACAUACUGAAUAAAAACGUAUACAUUAAGUGAGAUUU